AUGUGUGGCAUGGCCAACGCCUUGCCUCCCAGCGAGUGUCACGGACACCUGUGGGUGGUCACUGGCGUCAGGAUACGACUGGAUUGUGUUGUUGUAUUACGUCUACAUUUGGUCACCCCCGGAGCAAACACAUAUGCCUCUGGGACUUGGUCGUAUAGUCCCUCGCUGGGCACAGCCCCCUAUCAGCCGCGCGAUGUCGCCACAGCAGUUGGCAUCUACUCGACUGCUCCUCGUGUGGCUCCAUCUCUCGCAAACCAACCGAAUCACGGAUCGAAUCCCCACCGCCGUUCUCAAUCGGUUACUAGCGAGGGGUCUUCCGGAGGCAGCACUCCUCUCAGUUCCAAUGCUGGAUCGCGACCGGCCACCCCUGCGAGUGACUCUGGCUACUCGUCUGCCUCGCAGUCCACCUCCCGAUCCAACUCACAGCUUGCGACAUCCCUACCUAUCCCGGCCGCUAGCCAAAGCAAAGAGCAAGAGCAAUCUCCCGCGACCAUCGUCGCCCCGACUACCGCGAGUGCUCCCCACGGUCCCCUUGCCGAUACCAGUAUUGUUUGCGAUUCAUCGGGAGAAGUUCAAUAUUUCACCUCUGACAAUUGGGAGGCGGCGAUGGCUAUUGAGAAAAAGCGGAAGGAGGAGAUGAGGUUGCAGAGGAAGCUGAAGAAGGAGGAACAGAAGCGAUUGGCGAAGGAGAAGGCAGAGCAGAAGCAAUUGGAGAAGGAAAGAAAGGAGAAGGAACCGAAAGCGCAGGGGAAGAAAAGACAGAGAGCGAUGGAGAAGGAGAACGAUUCUGAUCCCGCUCCCAAGAAGCGUCGAAGCGGGAAGAAGGCCUUUCCAGCCCCCAUCCCUGCUUACCCUCUACCCGAGGUGUUGGUCUCGGGUUCUAAUGCAAUGGUUGCCGCUCCGGCCAUGUCCCCUCCUGAUCUGGCCCACGCUCUCCAGGUUGCAACUCCCGCUUCCCUGGAUGCGGCCGCCCCUACCACUACUGGCUUCUCUCAACCAGCUCCUGCUUCUCGGACCACCAUCGCCAGUGUUGUCCCACCGCACGCUGAAGAUUGGACCACACCAUCCACCCCGACCCCGCCACCACCUACUGCCAGCUUGGACGCCGACAGUGGCCGCGCGACACCCCUCGAUUCCAUUCCCGCUGCUGUCAACAUCAACGAUGACGAGCGUGACGCGACCGAGCAACCAUCCAACCCCGCUACCACAACUUAUCAGCUCGAGGACGAAUUCAACAACCCGGAUACCUCUACCGUAGACCUGAGCGGUGAUGGGCUUUUCAUCGCCUUGGGCAACAUGUUUGGGGCGUAG